UCGAGGAGAAAGCAGCGGCUGUCGUCUCCAGCGGAGAUAUUAUCACCUCGGUAAUCCUCGGAUUUAUGCAAUAUUCGGUAAAGUAACGUGUGUACUGGUGUUAUUUCCCUGCGCCUUGUGAAUGAGAUUGUGUUCAACGUUUUCCAAGCGUGAAUCUCCACCUUAAUGCGGUGGGAUGGCCACAGUGCCGCCUGGGCCUAGUAGCGCACUGCCCUCAUCCCCGGCUCAAGUUCCUCCUUUCCCCGGGGCUGGGAGCCAGGAGCCGGCGGGGGAAGACGGAGAGCCGGCCUGUCACAGGGACGACUGUGUCCCCACCGGUACAGGGAAGAAGUCUCAGCCGGUGACUGAAGUCACAGGGUCGGUAAAGAAGAAGCAGAAAAACAUGCUAGCCCGAGCUAGCCCGGCGGCGCUGCACCUUAAAAUGCAAGCCCGGGAGCAGCAGCAGCUGAACGGCUUGGCCAGUCCCUCAGAGGACGCAGACGGCCACCAGCUGACAGGAAACCGGCCUGACAACCCGAGACCGUCCGUGGACAACUGUGACAGCAGCGGUAGCAGCAACGAGGAGGCUGCAGCCGCCAGAAACAAUAGUGAGCACUGCCAACACGAAGGCCACAGCCCCUGCUCCAAAAACGGCAGCCACUCUCCCCUCGUUAACAACAGCAUGAACGGGAUGCCGGGCUUCACGAGGACUGAGGCGGCCCGGAUCCACCCCGGGGACGGAGGGAAAGAGGAGUUUGACCACACGGAGCCUCCGAGACCGCCGAUCGACGAGCCGCCGGACGCAGCCGGGCCCGGCGGAGAGGAGAGCCCCGCUGACCCGCAGCAGCAGCCGCCAGAGGCAGAGCUGGCCCGGCUGGACCUGAGCAGCUCCCCUGGCCGGGUGGAAGAAGAGAGCCACGGCAUCCGCUAUGUCCGCUACGAGUCCGAGCUGCAGAUGCCGUGGAUCAUGAGACUGAUCACCAAGGACUUGUCUGAGCCUUAUUCCAUUUACACGUACAGGUACUUCAUCCACAACUGGCCACAGCUCUGCUUUCUGGCCAUGGUGGAGCAGGAGUGCGUCGGAGCCAUCGUAUGUAAGCUUGACAUGCACAAGAAGAUGUUCCGACGUGGCUACAUCGCCAUGCUGGCCGUGGACUCGAAACACAGAAGGAAAAGCAUUGGUACUAAUCUGGUGAAGAAGGCCAUCUAUGCCAUGGUGGAGGGUGACUGUGACGAGGUUGUAUUAGAGACCGAGAUCACCAACAAAUCAGCCCUGAAGCUCUACGAGAACUUGGGUUUUGUCAGAGACAAGCGGCUGUUCAGAUACUACCUGAACGGAGUGGACGCGCUGCGGCUCAAACUGUGGCUCCGCUAGAGGAAAAGAAGAGGGGACAGGGGAGGACAGGACAGCAGAUGCUGUUCACCUCGUACACUAUCAGCUUGACAGCCUCAGCUCUGCCCUGGUCAUUUCACUCUUAUAUACACAAACACAAACACACACACACACACACACACACACACACACACACACACACACACACACACACACUCACUCACACACCUGUGUACAAACAUUGAGAGUAUGCACAUAGGUCUGCAUAAACACACAAACACACCCUAUUUUUGUCCUUGACCUCUGAACAACUGUUGUUUAGGCAGAAACAGACUAAAAUCCCUCCAGAUGUUUUCAUGAUGGGGCCCCUGAUACUUUUUGUGACGAGGAGGGGGGCGAGUGAGGGUGGUCUCUGGGAUGACCUUGACUGGGGACUAGAUGACCUUUUGACCUUCAAGCUUGGAAUCCGCAUUGAGCGGGACAUUCGGUGUGAGGCAGCUCCGGUGAGGACAUGCGUCCAAAACCCCAGAGGACAGGGCACCACACCAAAUCAUCCUGCAGAACCCAGGACAAAACAGACUUAAAGAAUACAACACGUGAAACAAGGAAGCGGGGCGGUUUAAAAAAAAAAAAGACUGGGAAGAAAAUAUUUGUGGAGUUUAUUUUUGUGUUUCUUUUUUAACCUUGUAUGUUGGAUGGGGGAAGGAAAAGCUCUAGUAUGACUGUGUGUUUGUACUGCCUCAUGUAUUUUUUGGAAAGCAAGUGUUUGGCCUGUUUUUGUGUGCAUGUGUACGUGGCGUGGUUGGUUUCACUGUGAGCGAGUGAACGUGUUUGCGUGACUGUGAGAGCGCGUGAUCGGUCAGAAAUUGGUGCGUUACUGUUCUCCCGAUUGUUUGUUUUUUGUUUCCCAUCGUGUUCCAGUGGGUGCAGCGGCCCCCUGCUGCUGUC